GUGUGGAAACGGGAGUCCUCUUAAAUACCUUGGCUGUUUCGACCAUCACCAUACGAGUUUAAUCAAAGCAACUGGAGCUACUGCAGAUUACUGGCGCGAGCCCAGCAAACCACUCCGAGCAGCACUAUUGCGCAUCAACAGCUCGGGAGAGCUGGUCGAAGGGCGGCGGCAGCUAAGCUUUUUUACAUCCAAACAAACAGCAGGCACCUGCCUACGCAUUUCAGAGUGUAUUUAAAAACGAACACACACAAACUUUCAAGCUGAAAACUGAUUUGUAUAGAUUUUUCAUGAUGAAUUUCCGAGUGUACGUAACUCUUUAUUGCGCUAUCUACGUGCUUACUGCUGUUGCUAAGGAGAUAGAAAUUAUCGAAAAAAGAGGCGUGCUGCCCCGCUGCGCCACACCUCUCGUCCCAGUGGAUGUGCUCCUCCUGCUGGACAGCUCGAGCAGUGUCACGGCCUGGGAGUUCUCUCAGUUCCUGUCUCUGCUCAUGGGGCUGUCCUCCGCGCUGCCUGUGGGUCCUGUGCAGGUGGGGCUGGUCUCCAUCUCUGACUUCCCAGUACUGGAGUUCCGCAUCGGACAGCACCAGACAGCCACUGCCCUGCAGGGGUCCUUGGGGGUCCUGCGGCAGAGGGGGGGAGACACAAACUCGGGCCUGGCUCUGGAGUGGGCGCUGCGGCAGGGCUUCACCCCAGGAUGGGGUUCAAGGGCUGGGGCGCACAGGGUGCUGCUCUGGAUCACUGAUGGCAUGUCCACAGAUGAGGUUGAGCUGCCCGCCAGGCUGCUGAAAGAGGCCGGAGUCAGGGUGCUGCUGGUCUCCACAGGCAGGUCUGACCACGGCAUCCGAACCGUCGUCUCAGACCACUCGUCCAUGUUCUUCACAGACACAGACAACCUGCCCGAGAUUUCAGCGCAGCUGUGUGAGGCCAUCGUGGCUUCUUCUGCAAAUGUGAGAGAGAAAGGGAACAAUCCAAACACACUGACCGACAAGAAGCCUGCAGUCUCUUCAAAGCUAAGAAUACUUACUCCUGAAAAUUUGAGAGAGAAUAUAAAGCAGGUGAACACACUGACUUACAAGAAUACCACAGACUUUUCAAAGCUGUUAAAUUUGAAAGAGAAUGCAAACCAGGUGAACGCGCUGACUGAAAAGAAACCCGCGGCUUCUGCAAGUGUGAGAGAGCGAGGAAACAACCCAGACACACUGACUGACAAGAAACCUGCAGCUGUCUCUCUCUCUUCUAACUUGUCAGCUUCUUCUGCAAAUGUGAGAGAGGAAAGAAACAAUCCAAACACACUAACUGGCAGGAAACCUGCAGUCUCUUUAAAACCAAGAAUACUUACUCCUGAAAAUUUGAGAGAGAAAAUAAAGCAGGUGCACACACUGACUCACAAGAAUACCACAGCUCUCUCUCUCUCUUCUAACUUGUCAGCUGUGAGAGAGGAAAGGAACAAUGUGAGAACAGGGAACAAUCCAAACACACUGACUGACAAGAAACCUGCAGAAAGGCUCUCCUCCCUGCAGCACUUGAUGCUGACUGAUGUCACUUCCUCCAGUCUGGUGGCUUCCUGGGCAGAGCUGGAGGAACAGGAAGUGAGGCAGUACAAAGUGCGGCGCAUCGACUCGAGUGGAAGGAUCCAGGAGCACUCGCUGCCGGGUCACGUGAGGACGGUGUACCUGCGUGACCUAGCGCCGCGCUCCACACACGUCAUCUGUGUGUCGGCACUCUAUAAACAUGGGCGCAGUGCGGAAACCUGUGCCAAGAAAAGGACUUUGCCAGCUCCAGUCAAUAAGAGAAGACACAUUCCUUACAGACUCUGCUCCCCUUACUUCAGAUGCAAGUGCUGACACCCCCUUUCACAAUGGAACUGAGCUCUGCUGCAGAGGAGUACCACACCCCCCUCACCCCAGAAAUUGAAACUCAAAUCCAGCAUUACCACAGCGCGAACGGCAGCCAUACAGGCUCCCCUGCCCUAUAGUUUGUACAGGAGGCUGACUGCGUGGUGGAGCCAUGACGGCUCUGGUUUCCUGUGUUCAUGUACUGACACAGGAGACUGCAGGCUGGCUGCCCUGUGGUUUGUGCACCCUGCUGACUCCAGGAGCCACAAUGGCGCCGGUGUAUAAAUACAGACACUCAGAUAGACACUUUGGAUAGCUGGCUGGAGGGGGUGCAAGUAGAAAUUAUAUUUUUUUUCCAAAAAAAGAUGACUGAUAUAUCACAAAUAAAACAGGCUGUGGUUUACUCCUCCCUAACUUUCACUAUCUCUCUCUUCCCCCUCUCUAUCUUUCACUUUCUCUCACUUUUUUCUUCCUCACUCUGCCCCUUUAUCUUUUUUUCUUUUUUCCUUCUCUGUCUUUAUCCCUCUUUUUCUGUAUAUGCACCUCUGUCUUUGCUAUAGCUGGUGCCUGGUCUGAAAACUAAAAGUGAGGGCUUAGUGAUAGAAAAUGAACAGCAAUGCCGAUAAUUAUUAAACCCUAUUGGCUUCAUGUUCUCAGUGGGGGAUUGUGUAGGAGCUGCUUGAAGAUGAUCCAGUGUGUUGUGUCUGAGCAUUUGAUUGUCAUUCCCCUCACACACCAGCCUGAUCUAGACAUGACAUUCCUCCCUCCCUCUCUCUCGGGAUUGUGGGAGGGGCCAGUGAGAGAGGAGCAGUGGUGAGCUUUAAAUAAACAUAUAAAUAUUUUUUUUUUCCUAUAUAAAAGUUUGUUUUAAUAUAUGUAAACUUUUUUGUCAGCUUGUACACAUGGGGAUGGGCUCCCACUCGGGUGGAAUGGGGGGGGGGGGGGGGGGGGGGGUGGCUUGUGUCAGAGACACAAGUUCAAGUGUAUACCUGAGAUACUACAGGUAAAAUCCUUCUUCCCAGACCAGAAACGUUUUCUAUACUCUGCAAAUAUUGUACUCAGAAAGCAACUUUAGCUGAAUUUGAUUAAAAAAAAAAAAAGAUUCUGACUGAAAAAGCAUGAGCUCAGUGAGGAAAAUGUGAGGGGAUCUAAUCAAUUUUAAUGGCUAAUUUUACCUGGAAUAUUUAGAUUUUUAUGUCUUUAGUCAUUUUAUUGUUGAGCAAUCUAUUUUUACCAAUGGAGACAAUUAUUUUAGGCUCUUUUAACAUAAAUGGGGGCAGCGAUUCUAAUAAUAGACCACAGCUAUUCGAUUUUUUAAAUAGUAAACGAGCAAACGUGAUUUUAUUGCAGGAGACGCAUUCAGACUGCACUAGCCAGUCUCUCUGGCAGUCUCUUAAGUCACGGCUCCAAUGUCAGUGCAGAGAUGGCUGUUUUAUUUUCUCCAGGUUGUAAGGUGGAAAUUUUAGCAAGAGAUGAAAUUGUUCAAGGAAGACUCUUAAAAAUAGAGGUAAAAUAUGGUGGCUUUUUAAAUUAAGUAUAUUAAUAUUUAUGCUCCUAAUGUUGGGUGGGAGCGAGUUUUAUUUUUUAAAAACCGAGUCGGGCUGGGGCAAUGUAACACUAGUCAUGUCCUCAUAUUGGGAGGGGAUUUUAACUGCACUAUGGAUUUUAACAAUGACAGAAACCACGGGGAGCCCAAUCCCCAAUCUGUUAGGGAGCUGGCCACUGUAUUAAACACUUUUGACCUGGUUGACAUCUGGAGUAAUUUUCAUCCCACCAGCAAACAAUACACAUGCAUUAAAGUCAAUCAGAAUCAGCUGUCUGGCACGAUUGGAUCAGUUUUACACACCAAAGCAUCACAGAAAUAAAUUCAUUAGAAUCAGUAUCUUACCCAACUCUAUUUCUUGUCAUCACUUUGUAUCUGCUAAUAUUUCUUUACCCACCAAAACACAUUCAAAACCAUACUGGCACUUUAACACAAAACUAUUGUUAGAAAACAAUUUACCAAUUAUUUUUAAUUAUUUUGGGAGAAUUGGAGAAAAAAAAAGUAUGCCAGUUUGAAACAGUGGUGGGAUAUUGGAAAGAUCCAAAUUAAAGUAUUUUGUCAGCAAUACACCCAGAGUGUCAGGAGGUCAGCAGAUGAGCUGUCUGAGGCUGCCCUGCAGGAGAGAGGUCUCCAGCCCUAAAGAGCUCAGGCAUGCAGCAGUGGAUUUCUAUAGUGAUCUUUUUAAGGCUGAGAACUGUGACCUGGGAGAGAUGGAGCGACUGCAUCAGGGGCUUCCCAGAGUGAGGAGGAAUGGUGCGGACUGGACACCCCGCUGACCUUCCAGGAGCUCACUGCUGUCAUCAUGCAGCUCUCCAAUCAGAAAGCGCCCGGGAUCGACGGGCUGCAAGCUGAAUUUUAUAAACGGUUCUGGGACUAUAUUGGACAGGACAUUUACAAGGUCCUUCAGGAAUGCAGCCAGGAUGGAGAGCUGCCUUUGAGCUGCCGCAGGGCAGUAAUCAAGCUGCUACCCAAGAAAGGAGACCCCUGCAAUCUUAAGAACUGGCAUCCUGUCUCGUUGUGCUCAGAUUACAAAAUCUUUUCCAAGGCGCUGGCAAAUGGGCUGCGGACACAAAUAGGAUCAGUGGUGCAUAAGGAUCAAUCCUAUUGUGUACCAGACUGAUCAAUUUUUGAUAACUUGUUUUUAAUAAGAGGCCUUUUUAAUGUGUCCAAACUUUUUAAUAUUGACGUUGGUUUAAUUUCAAUUGAGCAGGAAAAAGCUUUUCACAGAGAUGACCAUGAGUAUUUCUUUCAUACACUGAAGGCAUUUGGUUUUGGCCCUGUUUUUAUUUUUAAUAUUAGACUCCUCUAUAAGAGUGUUUUUAGCCUGGUGAAAGUAAACAAUGAUCUGAGUGUCCCUUUCCCUGUGCAGAGGGGCAUACGGCAGGGCUGCUCCCUCUCAGGGAUGCUCCACUCCCUCUCUAUAGAGCCCUUCCUGCACCAGCUGAGGGAGAAGCUAACAGGGCUGGCUGUGUCAGCUGCACCCAACAGCGCCCCCAUCAGGCUCUCCGCAUAUGCUGAUGACCUUAAUGUCUUAGUUAUUAAUGACAGGACCGUUGCUGUGCUGGAAUACUGCAUUAAGAAUUAUGAAAAGGCCACCUCAGCUCAGGUCAUCUGGGCAAAAAGUGUAGCUUUUCUGGUAGCUGGGAGGGAGUGACUCCACCAUCACUUCCCCCCAGUGUUGACCUGGGAAAACCUGGGGUUAAGAUAUUGGGAGUGUUUUCUGGAGUUUUUUUGCGGGGGUCAGUGAUCAGUGUUGAGUCGUGUGGAGCCAGGGGUCAGUGAUCAGUUUGGAGUCGUUUGGAGCUGGGGGUCAGUGAUCAGUGUGGAGUCGUGUGGAGCUGGGGGUCAGUGAUCAGUGUGGAGCCGGGGGUCAGUGAUCAGUG